UUCUCUUCUUUCUGAACUUCCUCUUCCAGUUUAUUUUCCAUCGCUCUCAUGAUUGGUACCUCCCACUUUCUCUGCGAUGUCUGGUUUAAAUCCAUUCCGCCUUAGAAAGCCAGAGAACCCCUCUAUUCAUCAUUCUUCACCCGCUAUUUCGACCUCCGCAAAACCGGCUUUUCCUACACUUCCGUCAUCUACUACGACCUCUCAGAAUGCCCUCUUUCAGCCGAAUGGCCUUGCCGACACCCCGCCCACGUCCCACGUUCCGGACCUCGAUGAUACGAUGUCCUCCGAUGAUCAAUCCGCAUCGGAUCCAUUUCAUCAGAACCUACAAAUGAGUGAAGAUGACGUGGAGGACCGAGAAGAAACUUUGUCACCUGCAACAUGGAAUGCCCCCAAAUCUCGCGGCGGUGAUUAUCCCCAAGAAUCCCUCCACACCACUGGUCCACACACAGCUCCAUACCUUAGUCAACCAGCUCCGGCGGUCCCGACAACGCAAUCUAUAAGACAGACUCGGAGGGCAAGCAACGAAGAAUGUCUCAGGGAGAGUGAAAACUAUAAAGUCUCCCACAACACAACGUCUAGAAGCUCUUUCCAAGGUACUCGUGCCGCAAACGAUUGCCCCACGGCUAUUUCUCAGACUACUUCGCGGAUAGAGGCAUCAAAGCGAGCUGUGGUGGGAGACUAUAUGCCGACAAUUGAUGCAGAGGCAAGAGCUCUGGUCAGUCGUUCAGGUAAUAGGGAGAAGAUACCGCCGCCUCCGCCCAGGAGCCACCAUGGGAAGUUAAUCAACCCUAGUCCUGGCUCGACUCCCUCUUCCUCUCAGCCCGCACCUUUCAAAUCUGCAAACCGCUUUUCAUUUCAUAGUUUCCCCCCGGAAUCGUCAUCGUCCCCCAAGCCAUCACAAUCAGGAGUGGAUUAUUUCACCAGAACGACUAAUAGCGAUGCCGAAAAGUCGAGUGAGCCUUUAAGGCGCAGCCAAUCUCAGUAUAAGCGACCACCGACACCGCCACUGAGUAGGCGACACAGUCAGAUGAGAAGAUCCAAGACGACCGCGUCCAAGCCAAACCCAAGCAGGCUUUCUAUGCCGGCCGUUAAGAUGGAGGGCGCUGAGUCCCCUCCACCUAGUCCAAGCUCCUGGAGUCUGAACCCAUCGCGAACCCGGGAUACCAGACCAGGCCGUUCAUCUGAGGAGAAUCCCCGGAGGCCUUCCUUACAGCACCAGAGCCCUGGUGCGGUGACAUCCACACCGGGCACGGAUGCCUCGACUCCAUCAUCUCAGUCCAACUCCCGUACUCCUUCCAUGAAACGAACGUCGAUAGGCAACCCUUUGCCACCACCCCCGCCUCCACGGCGCACGCGGGGGUCCAGCAGUCAGAGUAACGAUAGCACCCGACCGACAAGCCUUCAUUCAGAGAAGCGGCCAGACGUGCAAGAAGAAUACAUUCCUCAUCCAUCCAAUGCCAAUGACAUAUUGGCUGAUUUAUCGCGUCUACAAAAGGAGGUGGAUGACCUACGAGUUCACUACGAAACUCGUAAGACCAGUCAUUGAUAGAUGUUCUGGGCCGGGAAGAAGUUGGAUUCUGAUAAGCGAUGGAACCAUUGGGCAUGGGAGUUUAUGUGUGUACAGCCUACUGCUGAUGUUAUUACUUAUACUUCUAUAUCCUCUUCUUCCGCUACUACUACAUAUAACUCGUUUCAUUCCACGAAUCGACUGAUGAAUGAAUUACAAUGUCCAAGUGCUACCGACUAUUCUAAUGGUUCGUAUGCCAGACAACUGCAUUGGAAUCCUGCACUCAUGUUGGGGAAAGAAAAAUUGACGGUAUUGUAGCUGGAGAGGAUCCUCAAUCAGCUAGUAGUACCUAAGGUAUCCUCAGGCCCACACUACCCCACUAUGAUCCAUGAUUGGUCAAACCAGGGAACUUCACGACAAUGACAUCAUCCAGUUCCGAAAGGGGAUUUCCCAAAGUAGUCCAUGAUGAGUUGAGCGUUUCCAAAGACCCUGUGGUUGUGGGUUGUCUUCAACUAUGGAAAUGUCUGUUAUAUUACGACGGAAGUCGAUUUGAUUAUGAGCGCAGAUGGGUUGGGAACUAAACUAUAUAAUACAUGUGAACAUAUGCAUAUAAGCAAA